AUGCUGAGCGGUGAUUGGGCCUGGCGGGGGAGGGGCGGGACCGGAAGUUACUCUCCGCGGGUCGCCGGUUCUCCCCGGGGCAUCCUCCGGGGAAUGUGGAGAGCCGGCAGCAUGUCGACGGAGCUGGGAGUCGGGUUGGCGCUGCGGGCCGUGAAGGAGCGCGUCCAGCAGAGUGUGGCACGGCGGCCGCGGGAUCUCCCAGCCAUCCAACCCCGGCUAGUAGCGGUCAGCAAAACGAAACCCGCAGACAUGGUGAUUGAAGCCUACGGUCAUGGCCAGCGCACUUUUGGAGAGAACUAUGUUCAGGAACUACUAGAAAAGGCAUCCAACCCUAAGAUUCUGUCCUCGUGUCCUGAGAUCAAAUGGCACUUCAUUGGCCAUUUACAGAAACAAAAUGUCAACAAAUUGAUAGCUGUCCCCAACCUCUUCAUGCUGGAAACGGUAGACUCUGUGAAGUUGGCAGACAAGGUGAACAGUUCCUGGCAGAAGAAAGGUUCUCCUGAACGACUAAAGGUUAUGGUCCAGAUCAACACCAGUGGAGAGGAGAGUAAACAUGGCCUCCCACCUUCAGAGACCAUAGCCGUGGUGGAACACAUAAAGGCCAAUUGUCCCAGCCUGGAGUUCGUCAUGACCAUAGGAAGCUUUGGACAUGAUCUUAGUCAAGGACCAAACCCAGACUUCCAGGUGUUACUGUCCCUGCGGCAGGAGCUAUGUGAAAAGGUGAACAUUCCUGUGGACCAGGUGGAGCUGAGCAUGGGCAUGUCCGGGGACUUCCAGCAUGCUAUUGAAGUAGGAUCUACAAACGUCCGGAUCGGAAGCACCAUUUUUGGAGAGCGAGAUUACUCCAAGAAACCCGCCCUAGACAAGACUACAACAGACCUGAAGGCCUCAGUGCCAUUGGCGCAAGAACAGUGAGGCCAGGACAGCUAAAAAGAUCGACUAUGCACCAGCCUAGGUUUUCAUUUCGGUGUUCCGCAUGUUCCCAAGCACACUGCCGUGACCCGUACAGAGCGCUGAGGAUUACAUGUGUUGAUGGAGACCGCCUGUGCUUCACCUCUGCCUAGGACGCUCCAUUCAAGCAGUGGCUUAGGCUUGAAUGGGAGCAGUUCUGAGACUCCAGAACUGACACCAAAUCAGUAGCCAGGAACUGAGAUCAACUGAACCCUGCCAGGAGCACCUAACCCUCUCCAUGAAUGCCUUUCCCUGGGCAUCUUCUGGGUCGCUGGUGUCUAUAAUCGAGAAAAUCAGAGGGAUUCCCAUUUGCCAUCCCACUCUAAUAGAACGCCCUACAGUUGUUCCUACAAAUCCCCACUGAACACUCACUGCUCUGCAAGGGGGUGACUUUUGCUCCCAGUUUCUACCCUGGCCCGUAGAUGUCUUCAGUCACAGCUCCUCUGUGGCACUGAAAUUCCAGGGAAACUUGUAAACAGUGCUUGGGCUUUUCUGACACCUUGCUGAAAAGGUGGGAUGUGGGGCUUUCUCCUUGGGGACCAUAGUGAUGGAAAGUGGGUGUCAGGAUUUCUUCUCGAUCCUAACCCUUUUCUGGUUUUAGCAAAGACUGUCCCCCACUUGGAGACAGAAGCCCUUCAGAACUAUUUCAGGUACAGGGUUUCAACAAGGCCUCACUUGCUUUCUCUUUUCUGGGGCAGUAUUUCCCAGGUGUACUUACAGCCAUCCCCCAAUACACACACCGUAUUUACAAGCCAGAAUUUUGCAGCUCUUGAUGGUUCAUGAUGUAGCAAGAGUACAGGAGCACCUGCCUGUAACUCUGGCUUUUGGUGAGGUAUGGGCAGAAAGAGCAGGAGCUGGAUGCCAGACAAGGCGAAAUGAGACCCUAUCAUCAUAAAUGAAUGAAUAAAUAAUAAGACAAACUAGGAAGCACAUUCUCCAGAAAGAACAGGAGCUGGAUGCCAGACAAGGUGAAAUGAGACCCUAUCUUAAGCAAACAAACAAACUAGGAAGCACAAUUCUCCAGUAACCACAGAAGAGCUUUGGUGUGGGCUGUUUACUUCCUGAUAGCUUUUCCUCUUGUUUACUCCAGCCCUUGUCCUUUGUUUACCCAGUAACUUCGGAACCUGCUGCUGCUGAAUGUAAUUUCCUAAACUUAAACCACUGUGGUUCCUGUUGUGUUUCAAGCAAAGCUAGCGCGGCAUCUCAGAGUCUGAUAAUACAAAUGUGAGCUUGAAUUAUACCAUCUGUGCCAACUCCAGAGCAAUUAAAGGUUUAUUUUUAUGA